AUGGAACAGACUUUGGAUAAUGAGAAAUCUUUCAGACCAUCCUAUAUUGCUAGUGUUGAGCCACAUGAAAGAACAGGACCAGUAGAUGUGGACGAUAUUAAAACAGAUCUCUCUGAUGAAUUUUCUUUGGCUUCUUCAAGCUCAGACACAAGCCAGAGGAGCAGUUUGGAGUCUAAGGGACAUAUACAAGUUUGCCUGCGUGUUAGGCCACUUACGUCGUUGGAAAGAGAAAAGGAAUUGCAGGACUGUGUUUCACUUGAAGACUCAACAAGCAUCAUCCUGAAGCCCCCCAAAAACUCUUUGAAUCGAUUAAGUGAAAAAACUGCUGGACAGAUGAUACAGAAGUUCACAUUUUCACAAGUGUUUGGACCUGAAACAACUCAAGAAGAAUUCUUUGAAGGUACCAUGAAGCAACCAGUCCAAGAUUUCUUAGACGGAUAUAAUCGUCUUAUUUUUACAUAUGGUGUUACAAACGCUGGGAAAACCUACACAUUCCAAGGGACAGAAGAUGAUGUUGGUAUUCUGCCAAGGACUAUGGAUAUGUUGUUUAAAAGUAUCCGAGGAAAGCUGUACACAGCAAUGGAUCUCAAACCCCAUCGGUGUAGAGAUUAUAUAAAGCUGACUAAAGAACAAGUUAGAGAAGAAAUCACUAUUAAAAAUUCAAUGCUUCGCCUAACAAAAGAGAUUAGCAGUAAAGUGAGCAAUAGAGCUGAUGAAACCUGCCUGUAUUGACUAGUAAUAUUUUUGUACUUGGCAGAUUUGGAAGAACUGUUAAAAGGCUCGGAACAAUCUAGCACAACUGUGAAAAAUUACGUGAAGUUUUCUAUUUGGGUUUCAUUCUUUGAGAUUUACAAUGAAUGUUUUUAUGAUCUACUGAUUCCUACGUCAAAUGACAAGAAAAGAAAAACACUACGCCUUGCUCAAGACAUCAAGGGGUGUUCUUAUGUAAAAGAUCUGCAGUGGGUUCAGAUUUCCAAUUCUAAAGAAGCUUUUAGACUUCUAAAACUGGGGUUGAAACACCAGAGUAUUGCAAGCACAAAACUAAAUACUUCCUCCAGCAGAAGUCACAGCAUAUUCACAGUUAAGAUUCUAAAAAUUGAAGAUUCAGGAGCACCACGAGUGAUGCGAGUCAAUGAAUUGUCAUUGUGUGAUCUUGCUGGUUCAGAAAGGUGUACCAAGACCCGCAAUGAAGGUGAUAGAUUGAAAGAGAGUGGAAAUAUAAACACCUCUCUUCUGAUUCUAGGCAAGUGUAUUAAUGCACUCAAGAACUGUCAACAGUCAAAGUUGCAGCACCACAUACCCUUUCGGGAGAGUAAGUUAACUCAUUUCCUUCAAGGAUUCUUCACUGGAAAGGGAAAGGUAUACAUGGUAGUAAACAUAAGCCAAUGUGCUUCAACGUAUGAUGAAACACUCAAUGUGCUAAAGUUCUCAGCCAUUGCACAAAAAGUAAGUGUUUUAGUUAUGGACACGUCCGUGCUUCCCCAAGAUCAGUCAUUUUUCCAGACAUCGGCAAGAGAAUCAUCACUGCUUUGCACUAAAGUGCCAGUCCCAAGGAGAAGUGCUACUAUCCUAUGGGACAGGAGCUUAGAAGAUGUGAUUGAAGAUAAUGAUGAAGUGGAGGAAGAGCAUAAUAUGUCAAGAGAAGAAUCAGUGCAAAAACAUGAAGAAACCAAAGUUCUUAUUGGAAAAGAAGAAUAUAUGAAACUGCUGAAUCUCAUAGAAGUGUUGAAGGACAAACUUAUUACCGAAAAGAAGAAUAAGUUACUGCUGGAACUGAAAAUUCGUCAAGAAGUGGCAGAAGAAUUUACCCAGUAUUUUGUUGAGCGGGAGACAGAUUUCAAAGAGUGCCUUUCUCGUGAACAAGAGCGGCUUGAAGAAGAUUCUGAAAGACGCCUAGAAAUCUUCAAGGAACUUGUAAAUGGUUAUACUGAAAAUGCAGAUAAAGGAAAUAAAUUAAAGGAUGGGCCUUGCAAUGAAGAAGCUGGAUCUUUGGAUGAAGAAAAUGACAUGGGGCCAGGCAUUAUUGAUUUUGAGGGCAUUAUUGAUUCUUUGCAGAAUGAUGUCAUGGCUAUCAAAAAGCACGCAGAAGAAACACACAGAUACAUUGUGUCCCUAGAGGACCCACAGGAAGCUAUAGGUUGGCUUGAAAAACAACUGGGCAAAACUACCACUGAACUUGCAAAGACCAAAGAAGAGCUGACCAAGAAAAGCAGUGAACUAAUCAAAACUCAAGAAAAGCUAACACAGAAAACCAAAGACUUUGAAAUGCAGAUGGUUAAAUUGGACGAGUCUGCUGAGCAGCUUAAAGAAGCAACUGAGAAAAUGAAUACACAAAACAAAAGGAUUCAAGAACUAAUGGACAUUGUGGAGCAAAAAGAUGAUGUCAUUGUGAGCCUGCAAGAUCUGAUAUCCCGUUUAGAAGAAACCAUAAAAGACUAUGACAGCACUGUAGCUAUCAUUAAAAGAAAAUUGACAAAAAAGGACUCUGACAAAGUGAUUGAAAGCAGCCAAUUCAAGGAUUGUGGGGAAACUGCAUUGGAAGUGGGAAGAAAACGUUGCUUUGAAAAUAAGCCUACUGUGGAAGAAGAGCCACCUACAAAGAAAGGACAUAAGAAGAGUUGGGAAGAUGACUCUGUAGAGCAAAAGAGAACUGAAUAUGUGAAGACAAAUACUUCUGAGAGCUAUGCAGAAAUACUAGCACUCAAGGAAAGAACUGAAACUUUGGAAGGUCAGCUAGCUGCACUUGAAGAACAAUGCAGAAGAGAAAAGAGCAAAAAAGAAGAGUUAAGUGGGCAGAUAACAAACCUGUAUCUUGAGCUCUCUGCUUCUGAGGAAAGGGCUUCUGGCUUGAGUGAAGAACUCCAGCAAUGUCGAGCUGACUAUCAGGAGAUUGUUUCUGAAUUGGCCAAACAGAAAACUAUAAACAGGCAACAAGAAGAAAAGAUUAUUCAGCUAAAUAACGAAGUAGAAGGUGCCAAACGAAAUAUAAUGGAUAAAGAAUACAAGGGAAAAAUAAAAGAGCUUGAAUGCCUCUUGGAGACUUAUAGAGCUAAAGAUGAUAGCAUAACAAAGUUAGAAGAAAUACUUAAAGAAAAAGAAGCUAUUAUUUUAAAUCUGGAAAGUAAAACGGUAGCUCUGCAGGAGAAAUGCGCCAAUUCAGACAAAAAAAAGAAAGAAUUAAGUGAUCAAGAAGCAAAUCUGAAGGAGGAAGUUGUGCAGUUGAUGAGCAGCUUGGAGAACAUGAAACACUCUCUUCAGGAAAAGGAGAAAAAUGAGGAUAAGCAAAUAGAAUCUAUAGAAUUGCUACGUAAAGAUCUUUCUGAGAGUUCUGCGCUUGUACAGAGUUUGAAAAAAGAUUUGCAGAGGAAGGAGGUAGAAUAUACAGAUUUGAAAGAGAAAUUUUCUGAUGUCAAGAAACAAAUUCAGCAAGUACAAAAAGAGGUGUGUACAAUGCAAUAUGAGAAGAAAUCCCUGAGGAACAAAGUUAAUGAACUUCAGAAAAUUAAAAAACAGUUUAGUGAAGAAUUAGAGUUCAAAGAGCGCACAAUCCUGCACCUUAAAAAGCAGUUGAAUAGUGAGAAGCUGGAAGAAAUCUCCAAACAGUAUGAGAAAACACAUAAAGAUCUGUGUGCAAAGGAAAAAAUAAUUGAAGAUAUGCGGGUGACAUUAGAAGAACAAGAACAGACUCAGAUUGAACAAGAUCAAGUGCUUGAAGCCAAAUUGGAAGAGAACAACAGAUUAGUUUGGGAACUGGAAGCAUGGAAGCAGAAAUAUAGAGAGCUGAAUAACCAGAGCGAUAGUGACUGGCAGGAAAAGAUGAGCAAAAAUGAGGAGAAAAACAUAAAUGAAAACGAGGAAUUAAUAAAGCUACGAAAAGAACUGAAGGAAAAUGAGGCAAAAUAUCAAACUGAUAGAAAGAAAUGGCUGGAGGAAAAAAUGGGACUCCUAGGUCAAGUAAAAGAAGCUGAGAGCCAUCGCAACAGAGAAAUGAGAAAAUUUGCAGAGGACAGAGAACGUAACGUGGAGCAACGAACAGAAAUUGAAAGGCUUACUGCACAGCUGGUAGAAAAGGACAUCAAUCUUCAAAAGUGGCGUGAAGAAAGAGAUAAAUUGGUAGAAGCUUUGGAAGUACAACUCAAGGCUUUGGCUUCUAACACUGUACAGAAAGAUAAAGAAAUAGCAGAACUGAAACAGGCUGCACUAAAAGAUUCAGGAAAGGAUAAGGAAAUGGAUACAGAAGACCUAAGAAAACAGCUGGCUGAGAAAGAUGAGUUUAUAAAGGAAUUGAAACAACACGUUAACCGUGAAAGUCUUCAGUCUUUGGCAGAAGUACAUUUACCUGAAGAAGGACAAGACAAAAUAGAUCAGUCUGUAAACAAAGAGGACCAUUCAGAAAUUGUCCUUGACUCUUCUGAAGUGUCCACAGAAAACGGAGAAACUAGUCGGUUCCCAAAACCAGAGAUGGAAAUCCAGUUCACACCUCUGCAACCCAAUAAGAUGGAGGUGAAGCACCAGGGCAGUACCUUACCGAUUACAGUUAAAAUGCUUAAGCCGGGGAAGAAAAGGAAGAGUGAAGAGAUGGAUGAGGAUUUUGUGAAAAGUGAGAACAAGAAAAAUUCAAAACCUGCUAUGACUAAUUCACCUUCUACAAACAACAAGAAAAUGGUUUGGCUUUAUCCUGUUUUUGAAAUGUCUACUACGCAGUCAUUUAGAAAAGAAUAUCCCUUAAGAAAGCAAGAAUCUACAUCAAGUAAAAAAUCAGCUAAGAAGAAAGAUGGAACACUGCAAAAAAUUGGAGAUUUCCUUCAAAGUUCUCCUACUGUUAUUCACUCUAAAGCAAAGAAGCUGAUUGCAACAAUAAGCUCUCCGAUGUCUGCAGAACCAGAAAAAGUCAAAGAAAAGGAGCUCAAGCCAAAACGAGCUAAGAGAAAGCUGUAUUCAACUGACAUUUCUUGUCCUCUAGAUAUCUCUGCUUCUUCGAUUUUUACAGAACAAAAAGAGAAGGAAAGCCAUCAUCUAAUCAUCAAGAGACGGCUACGAUCGAAACAAGCUAAAUAA